AUCUUCGACCGACGACCCGCAUAAUAAAUCAAACUACCUCCCGGUCGGUCUUCAUUGUGUUGUGGACUCUGUUAUCUGUUCGUACUCUCCAUUUCAGAGCCUGAUAAUUCUCCGUCACAUUCCAUCAAUUAGCCCAUCGAUCGGUAGAUCGAUUCGAAACAAAGCAAGCAAUUCUUCAGUUCUAGAUUGCAGGUUUUAUUUUAUUUUGUUGUUGAGAAUUUGUUGUUAAGGCUAAUAAUGGCUGCAGCUCCUGAUCAAGCCACGAGCAUCUGUAGUCACUGUGACAGAGCAAUUCCUUCUUCAAAUCUUGAUUUGCAUAUUGCUCACUGCUCGCGGAAUCUAGAAAAAUGUAAAAUUUGUGGCGACAUGGUUCCUAAGAUACAUGCAGAACACCAUUUCUUAAGCACUCAUGCUCCAGUGUCCUGCUCUUUGUGCAGCGAGACAAUGGAACGUGAAGUGUUAGCUGUUCACAAGGGUGAAAAUUGCCCACAAAGGAUCGUUACAUGUGAAUACUGCGAGUUCCCUUUGCCUGCAGUCGAUUUGUUUGAGCAUCAGGAAGUAUGUGGGAACCGUACAGAACUAUGCGAACUCUGUAGCAGGUACAUUAGACUCCGAGAAAGGGAUGUCCACGAGAGCAGAUGCAAUGGAAUAACAGAUAAUGUUGCAGAAACUUCCCGGAAUGCAAGGGAAGCUGAACAAGAUCGCGGUGCUCCAAGAUGCCCCAAUGAAUUUUCCAAGAAGCGACUGCUGUUUACCAUUGCAAUAACCGGGAUUGCCGUUUUGUUAGGGUCACUUUUUUACCCAAAGAAAGCUGAGCACGUUCAAGUACAUUAGCAGUAUGGAUGAGUUAAUUUGGCAGUGCUGCCAUCUUAGAAUUUACCGUGCUACAUUGUUGGAUGUUUCAUGUUUGUACAAGCCAAUGUUAAACAUUUUCAUUUAUGAGUUGUUGGACAGAAUUGGUGCAAAAUUGGAGGUGUUGACGUAAUAAACUGCUAUUCAUAAGUAGAUUA